AUGUCAUCGCCGUCGCUGACAUACCCGCCUGUGCGCGGUGCCGGCGCCGCCACCCCGUCGUCGCCAGACAUUGAGCUCGACAUCGAGACCGUUUCCAGUCACAAGCCAUCACCGUCCGAGCCCGACGAUUCCCACCACCCGUCCUCGUCGUCAACGGGCAGCAAGGCCAGGGAGGAAAAGCACACGCAUGGGAUUUUCGGACACGGCCACGCGCGCCGUGAGGAUGCCGCAGACGUAGCGGUCCGCGCCAUCGCUGAUGGGGACGCGGACCCGCUGGUCCUCCAUAUCUCUGACGAGGAUAACAGACAUGUGCUGAGGAAGAUUGAUAAGGUCCUCUUACCGCUCACGAUGUGCGCAUACUUGCUGCAAUACAUCGACCGCUCAGCGAUGAGUUACGCCGCCGUGUUCACGUUUCGCAAAGACCUCAAGCUCACCGCCGAAGACUACGCCUGGCUGGGCAGUGUCUACUUUAUCGGCUACCUCGUCUUCGAGUUUCCAGGAAUGUGGCUCCUUCAACGGCUGCCAAUCUCCAAGACGAUGGGCACGAUGAUCCUCGGCUGGGGAAUACUUGUCAUGUGCAUGGCCGCUCCGAAGAACUUUGCCGGCAUGGCGGCACUGCGCACCCUCCUCGGCGUGACUGAAGCUCUGAUCACACCGGGGUUCGUCCUCCUCGUGUCGCGCUUUUACAAGCGGGAAGAGCAGCCGCUGCGCGUGGGGCUGUGGUACAGCUGUAACGGCGCUGGAUCGUUUGUCGGCGCGCUGCUGAGCUACGGCAUGGGCCACGUGCACGUCAACGGCAUGCGUCCGUGGGCUUGGAUCUUCAUCCUCAAUGGCAUGAUCACGACCGUGUUUGCGGUCGUGUUUCUGUGCCUCUGCCCCGAGAGUCCCGAGACGUACACGCGGUUUUCGGAGACGGAGAAGAAGAUUGCACUGGAGCGGGUAAGGGGGAACAAGAGCUCGCUCCACAACAAGAUCUGGAAGUGGUCCCAGUUCCGCGAGGCUGUCUGCCCGUGGAUCGACCCACAGGGGUGGGCGUACUUUAUCAUCGUGCUGUGCAUCUGCAUUCCCAAUGGCGGUGUGGCCAACUUUCUCCAUCUCAUUCUCCAAUCUUACGGCUACACCGCGUUCCAAACCAUCCUCAUUGGCCUCCCUGGCGCGACGCUCCAGUUCCUCUUCCCCCUCAGCGCCUCGUACAUUUCGCGCAGGUGGCCAGACAUGCGGUGCUACUGCAUGAUGGUAUAUAUGCUCCCUGCCCUCGUCGGCAGUGUCAUUCAGUACUCGACACGCAAAAGUGGCGCACUCUUGUUCGGAUACUACAUCCUCACAUCGUACGUCGCCACUCUGGGCCUGUGCAUCGCCGCGCCCGGCGCCAACGUCACGGGCUACACCAAGCGCGUCACCGUCGGCGGGAUGGUGUUCAUCGCGUACGCGACGGGCAACAUUGCCGGCCCGCACCUGUUCAACGCCAACGAGACGCCGGCCUACCGGACUGGCAUGCUCACCUGUGUCAUCUGCUUUGCGGCCAUCAUCCCCAUGUGCGGCGCGCUGCGGCUGUGGUACAUGCGCGAGAACCGGCGGAGGGAUAAGGUGCUCGAGGAGCGGGGCCAGGCGUAUGAUCCCGCAGAGGGCGAUUUCGGGGACCGCACGGACAUGGAGAACCUCCAGUUCAGGUAUGCGCUCUGA